AUGUCCUCAGACCUGUUUGCUGCUUUUGCCCCUCAGCCUGCAUCGGCUACAUCGCCUUCUACUUCUGACGCAGAUCGGGCGGCGGCUUCAGGUCCGCACGCUCCUCCGCAGUCAUCGCAGCCUUUCAGUUUCUUCGACGAUUUGGGUGCCCCAGAGGCGGGAAGGGGCAACGCUCAGAGCCAGACAGCUCCGAAAGCUUCGAAAGAUGGCUUGAUUUGGUCUUCAUUCGAAUCAAGUCGACCAAAAGAUGUCCCUGCUGUUAGCGAAGACGGAGACGAUUGGGGCGAUUUUGAGGGCGCUCCCGAAGCGCAACCCUCUCCGUCCAUGGCCGCCGGAUCUGGCUCCCAGCGUGCGUACAGAUUAACACAGAGACCUGAGCCUUUGGCAACCCCCGUUGCGCACAAUGCCCACAUAGUGACGGCAAGAUCGGAACAGGGUGUUGGCUUUCCAGUCAUCCACGGGCUUCCGUCUGCGGUCACGUCCCGACCAAGUUCUCAAAAACCUACCCGAGCAGAGCCUACGCAGGCCUUCACGAACCAAGAUUUAUCUGGACGUGGCCUCAGUGUCUUGUUUGACGCCACAGAGCUUGAAGCAGGAGACGAUGAUUUUGGCGAUUUUGAAACGCCAGUGGUCCCCCAUAGUACAGUUUCUGCUGACGCGAGGAUUAAUCCGUGGUCGAACCAAGCAAACCAACCAAUCUCUAUAGCUGUCUUGGAUACGCCGUCUGCUUCUUUCAAAUCGAUAUCUCAGCCCUCGCCUACCAAACAAGAAACUCAGUCCUGGGACGAGUUCGCUGAGUGGGAUGAAAACUCUCCCAAGGCCGCAAAUGAUACCAGCAACACAGUGGACACGCCUGUGCUAACUUUUCCGUCUAUGAUGCCAUCCUCUAAUUCAGCCUCGUCCGAUAACGAACCACCACCUACAAACAUACCACCACCCGGGGUGCUUCUAAGUCUUUUCCCGUUGCUUUUCUCCGAAGCUCAAACCCAGCUGUUCAAACCCAUGGCUGCGCAGACCUACCAAAUGAAGAACAGAAUCCUAUCGGACCACACCACAGUAGGUUUUCUCCAAGGUUAUCUAGCGAUAGCUACGGUAGCUGCUCGCGUUAUUGCUGGCCGAAAGCUACGCUGGAAACGCGACGCGCAUCUCGCUCAAGGAAUGAGAGUGGGGCCGGCUUCGUCGCGAGCUACAUCAGGGAUGAAGCUAACGGGCAUCGACAAAAGCGAGAUGAACAAGGAAGAAAGAGAAGUGCUGGACGUUGUUCGCGCAUGGAAGGAUCAGGUAGGCCGGCUCAGAUCAGCAGUUGCAGCCGCGAAUGCUAUCAACCCGGGCUGUCUGGGACCUGUUCCAGACAUCCAAGAAGCGAUGCCUGUGAAGCUGCUGAGCGAAGCUGACGGAGGUGUGCCAGCCCCUAAGCAAUGUGCCUUGUGUGGCCUCAAGCGCGAAGAGCGUGUCGCCAAGGUAGAUGUCGCUGUGGAGGACAGCUUCGGGGAAUGGUGGGUAGAGCAGACACGGAUGCAUCGAGGCUGCAAGAAUUUCUGGGAGAAGAAUAAGGAUGUUCUCCGCCAACGCUGA